AUGAACACAGGAGGACAUUCGACCCUUGGAACAUUGACUUUUGCUUUCUUUGUGCCACUCUCAAUAGCUUCUUGGGAGUCAGUAACCAUUCCCGAACAGAUGAGCACUGUCACAGCUCGGCUUUCAGUGAGUUCCACCAGCUGUAGUGUCACCUGUGGCCUGGGCUAUAAGGUAGAGGAAAUGUGUGACAUUGGACCUGAUGGUAAAAGAAGAUACUGCACUCAGCGGCGAUCUGAAUGCUUGACCAACUGGCUUUGUGGAGUGCGGCACUUUACUGUCCUUGCUGGUAAACCCUUUAAGCUCAGCUGCCUGACCUCCGAAGAGAUUGGCCCUGAGACUCAGAGCUUUAGCUAUACCUGGAGGCUGGCUAGAGGUCUCAUCACCACAGAUGAUGCUAUUUUUGUGCCUUUCAAGACUCCCAGUUAUACCAUUGAGCUUUCCUCAGCUGAAGAAUAUGAUGCAGGGACCUAUAGAUGUGAUGUGCAGUUCAUGAAAACCUACAAACUAGUCAAGAGAAUCUAUUUUGGGCUUCGUGUGAUCCCUGGUAACUUGGUGGAUCUCAACUUCGAAAAAUCCUUGAUUCCGGAACAGUCAUCAGAUGCUGAGCAAGAAAAGCCCCAGCAAAACACAACCAUUGACCUUCUCAAGUGGCAGCAUUUUUCCUGGCGACAGAGAGCAUUACUGGUGUUUCUGGUAGGCAUUGGAAGUGGUGCCUUAGGAGGGGUCUUGUUGGGUACGUUUCUCCAUUUUUUGCUGAACAAUCAUACUAAAUCUGAAAGUGUAGACAAAUGAAAUUAAUUACCUUGUCUUGGUAAAAAUAAUAUUCUGUACCUUCAUGAUUAUUAGCUUCACAAUUCAUCUGGAAAAGUACUUUUGAAGACCUUCCAGUAAUACAUGGUGUAUGGACUCAGUCAGUCUAAAUCAAGCUGAGAUACAGACUUAAUUUUUUCAUUGACGCUACACAUCCAAGUUCACUUUCAGUCAGCCCUCUGACACUUGUGCUGCCCCUUUGGCUUCCACUGCUAGUAGGUUACUAUACUUUAAAAAAAAAAAGAAUAUUCCAAAGUAAAGUAAGGAUGUGAGGUGUUGUAUGAU